UAGCUCUUCACUGCACCAAAAAUCUCUUCAAUAUUUUUGUACCUCUUAUUCAUUAAUGCAACCCCUCCCCCCCUAAAGGCUUUUUUGAGCUGCCCAUUUAAUCUUUACCGUCGGAUCAUCUGGUUUCUUUCUGUUUUCUGUGAAAAAAAAAAGAGCGAGUUAAACAUUGUUUCUGGUCUUUAUCAGUAGCUGGUGGGUGGCAUUGGAGGUUGCAGCCUCUCUCUCUUUCUCUUUCUUUGGUAAUUGUACCUAUAUUAACUAGCACAUAAAUCUCUCUCAAGGACUCUUGCUCUCAAUCUUCCCUGAACCAUUAUCCGCCUCCCUUUUUUUUCCCGCAAAGCUUUUCCAGCAAUCAAACUCUAAUUCCACUUUAAAAAAAAAAAAAAAAGAAUAGUCAGAGAGAGAGAGAGAGAGAGAGAAAGAGAAUAUUUGAGAGGGAUAGAUUAUUAGGGCAUGUGUGUGUGUUUCUUGGCACUACUCAUUUUCAUUUCUCCUUUCCCUUCUUAUAUAACCCUAUCUCUUCUCUCUUUUCCCAUUCGUCACCCCCCUUUUCUUUUCUCCUUUCCUUGGGAUCUGAUCUCCCUCCUCCCCUUCCGACAACUGGUGGACAAGUUGUUGAGUCUACAAAAGAGUUAGGGGGGUUUCAGUUCAAUUCCCGUGGGUUAUAUCUUUUCAUUACACCCACCUUUCUUUCUUUGUUUUGUUCCUGCUGUUGUUGCCUUCCUUUCUGUGCUUUUUUUGUCUGGUUCAAGUAUUGUGGCCUUCUAAAAGCUAAAAGAGUGUGAACAAAAAAGUUAAUUGGCUUAAAGUUUCUUAGCUUUACGUUGAUUAGUGCAAACACACGAGGCUCGUUUUCAAUCAGAUCUCUGAGGAUUAAAUAGUUUGAGUUGAAGACGGUAGUGGGGCUGUAGAGAACUAUCAAGCUUGUGUUAUUAUUUUGAGUCUUUCUUUUGGAAGAAUAUGAAUACCUUUUCGCACGUUCCGCCAGGCUUUAGGUUCCAUCCCACGGAUGAAGAACUUGUUGAUUACUACCUCAGAAAAAAGAUUGGUUCAAAAAGGAUUGAUCUGGAUGUCAUCAAAGAUGUUGAUCUUUAUAAGAUUGAACCAUGGGAUCUGCAAGAAUUGUGCAGAAUAGGAACUGAGGAGCAGAAUGAAUGGUAUUUCUUUAGCCACAAAGAUAAGAAGUAUCCAACAGGUACUCGCACUAAUAGAGCAACAAAAGCAGGAUUUUGGAAAGCCACUGGAAGAGACAAGGCUAUUUACUCCAGGCAUAGUCUUGUUGGCAUGAGAAAAACCCUAGUAUUCUACCAAGGACGAGCACCCAAUGGACAAAAAUCAGAUUGGAUCAUGCAUGAAUAUCGACUAGAAACGAAUGAAAAUGGAACUCCCCAGGAAGAAGGAUGGGUGGUUUGCAGGGUGUUCAAGAAGCGAAUGACAACAGUGCGAAAAGUGGGUGAAUAUGAAUCUUCAUGUUGGUACGAUGACCAGGUCUCAUUCAUGCAGGAACUUGAUUCCCCAAGGCGAAUUCCUCAGCCUUAUGGAUCAUAUCAUCACCAUUAUCCCUGCAAACAAGAGCUUGAGUUGCAAUACAAUUUGCCUCAUGACCCUUUCCUUCAGCUUCCUCAGUUGGAAAGUCCCAAAGUCCCACAAUCUGCUGCAAGUGUAAGCGGCAACCCUGUUGUUCCUUACGGUUAUGAUAGGAACAAUGGAAGCACUUUGCAAUCCUCAACCCUCACACAAGAAGAGCACGUGCACCCAGGGCAUCAGCAAAAUCUGAACUCGCUUUAUAACAAUAGUACUGAACAAGCUGUGGAUCAAGUGACAGAUUGGCGAGUUCUUGACAAAUUUGUUGCCUCUCAGCUAAGCCAUGAGGAAGCUUCCAAAGAAAACACCUACUCAAAUGCAACCACCAGCUUUCAUGUGGCUGAACAAAUGAAUUUACUAGCCAAUGAAUCCAAAAGGCCACAAAUUGCUCAUCAGGAAUAUGCCUCCGCAUCCACUUUGUGCUGUCAAAUUGAUCUGUGGAAGUGAAAGCAUAUUCUAGCAAUUAAAGCAUACAUACUAAUUAUAGGAAACACACGUAUAAGAGUAAAGAAGUCUUUAAUCCAGGUUUCUGUACAUAAUAAAACUAUAUAUAAUGGUAUUGCAUUAGCUAUGGGACUGCUGGUGCCCUUAAUUUGUAUUGAUUAAUACUAGGCAUGCAGUUACUAUUAGAUUGAACAUUAUGCAAGUACAAAUAAUAAAUAGUACUUUCAGGUGCUCUAUGGCUGGCCGAGUGCGCUUUGGGACUCACUCGGCCUCAUAUUGAAUGUAUUUGCAGCUUAAUAUACAUAUG